AUGGCCACAUCAAUUGCGGCUUUCAAGCGGCCCUUGGUCAACUUGCCCUUCUUGCUCCCAUCAUGUUCCGACUCCCUUGCGGUAGGAUCUCGACGUUAUCAAUCUUCAUACCGACGCACAAAGCAACGUCUCCGCGUUAAGCCAGAUGCGUCCUUCGGCUCCUCACACCAAGGACGCGAUCAAAUCAUCUACAACCCGCCCUCCAGUGCCCCCUCCGUCUACCACACACCCAGCAAGUUUUUGCCCCCCAAUGAUGCCCGCAGGUCGAUGCGCAUCGAAGAUCCAGCGACCUCGGGCUCAGCUACCGCUGUUGAGCAGCUCCCCAACGUCUACCGCAGCGACCCAGAGCGAAAGUACCACUUGACCCCCAAAGAUGUCGAGGAGAUCCGCACCCUUCGCAUGAGUGAUCCCAUGACGUGGAGUCGUCACAAGCUGGCCAAGCGAUUCGAGUGCUCGCCGCUUUUUAUCGCCUUAGUCUGUGAGGCCAGUCCGGAGAAGAAGCAAAUGCAAAGGCAGGUGCUAGAGGCCGUGCAGUCACAAUGGGGACCCAAGCGGCGGAUGGCUAGAGAAGACCGGAAGUUGCGCCGGGAGGCUUGGGGUCGUGACGAGUGA